AUGCCGCCCGCAGCAGCCAUGGCGCUGCCGUCCCAGGCCCCGUCUAACUCAGGGGAUCCGCUGUACCCGGAGCUCUGGCGCGCCUGCGCCGGUCCGCUCGUCACCGUCCCCCGCGUCGGCGACCUUGUCUUCUACUUCCCCCAGGGACACAUCGAGCAGGUGGAGGCGUCCAUGAACCAGGUCGCCGGGAACCAGAUGCGCCUCUACGAUCUGCCCUCCAAGUUGCUCUGCCGCGUGCUCAACGUCGAGCUCAAGGCGGAGACGAACACCGAUGAGGUCUACGCGCAGAUCAUGCUCAUGCUAGAGCCCGAGCAAACCGAUGUGGCGGCUGAGAAGGCGAGUUCUGCGUCCGCUGCGUCGCCGAGGCCAGCAGUCAGGUCCUUCUGCAAGACGCUCACCGCCUCCGACACCAGCACACACGGCGGCUUCUCCGUGCUGCGCCGUCACGCUGACGAGUGCCUCCCUCCACUGGAUAUGACGCAGUCGCCUCCCACACAGGAGCUGGUGGCGAAGGAUCUGCAUGGCAUGGAGUGGCGCUUCCGCCACAUCUUUCGUGGGCAACCUAGGAGGCAUCUCCUUCAGAGUGGUUGGAGUGUUUUUGUUAGUUCCAAAAGGCUUGUUGCUGGAGACGCCUUCAUUUUCCUCAGAGGAGAAAAUGGUGAACUUCGAGUUGGUGUUAGGCGGGCUAUGAGGCAGUUGUCUAAUGUACCUUCUUCAGUCAUAUCUAGCCAAAGCAUGCACCUCGGAGUCCUUGCGACUGCAUGGCAUGCCAUCAACACCAAAUCCAUGUUCACUGUCUACUACAAGCCUAGGACGAGCCCUUCAGAGUUCAUCAUACCAUAUGAUCAAUAUAUGGAGUCAGUAAAACAAUCAUUCUAUUGGGAUGAGAUUCAGGAUGAGUUACUUAUUAGGUUUACUGGUACAAUCAUUGGCUGUGAAAAUCUUGACCCACUAUGGCCUGAUUCGAGUUGGAGAUACUUGAAGAGUAAAAGACCUAGACAAAAUGCUCCUCCACCUUCACCUGAAGCAUCUGUUCUCAAAAAAGAAAGUGCAGCCAAGAUCGAUAUCGACUCUGCUCAAACACAACAUCAAAAUUCGGUGUUGCAAGGUCAAGAGCAGAUGACCUUGAGGAAUAACCUGACUGAAAGCAACGACUCUGAUUCCACUGUUCAGAAGCCGAUGAUGUGGUCCCCAUCGCCCAAUGGGAAAGCCCACACUAAUUUUCAGCAGAGACCUGCUAUGGAGAAUUGGAUGCCAUUGGGAAGGCGUGAAACUGACUUCAAGGACACACGUUCUGCCUUCAAGGAUGCCCGCACCGCCUCUCAAUCAUUUGGAGAUACGCAGGGGUUCUUUAUGCAAGCUUACGAUGACAAUCAUCACCGUCUUUCUUUCAAUAAUCAGUUUCGAGAUCAGGGUUCAGCUCAUCGCUUUGCGGAUCCAUACUUCUAUAUGGCUCAACAACCUUCUCUUACUGUUGAAUCAAGCACAAGGACACAAACAGCAAACAGUGACUUGCGUUUCUGGAGCGACCAGAAUAUGAUCUAUGGUAAUCCAGGUGAUCAACAACAGCAGAGUUUCAACUUUGGACAAAACCCAUCAAGUUGGUUGAACCAGCCAUUUCCCCAGGUUGAACAGUCACGAGUGGUCAGGCCCCAUGCAACAGUUGCUCCAUUUGAUUUGGAAAAGACUAGAGAAGGCAGUGGGUUCAAGAUUUUUGGGUUCCAAGUUGAUACAACCAGUCCAUCUCCUGUCCAGUUGAGCUCUCCAUUGUCUGCUAUCCGGGAACAUGUGGUACAAACUCGACCAUCGGCACCUGUGAAUGAAUUGCAACCUGUGCAAAAUGAGUGCUUGCCUGAGGGGUCUGUAAGCACAGCUGGAACUGCCACUGAGAACGAGAAAAGUAUUCAGCAAGCCCAGCAAAGUUCAAAAGAUAUUCAAAGCAAGUCCCAGGGUGCUUCGACAAGGAGCUGCACAAAGGUUCAUAAGCAAGGAGUUGCGCUUGGCAGAUCUGUGGACCUCUCUAAAUUCACUGACUAUGAUGAACUCAAAGCAGAACUAGACAAGAUGUUUGAAUUCGAUGGUGAACUAGUAUCUGCCAACAGAAACUGGCAGAUCGUUUAUACUGACAACGAGGGUGACAUGAUGCUUGUGGGAGAUGACCCGUGGGAUUCAUUAUUUAUGAGCAGAGAGUUCUGUAGCAUAGUGCGGAAGAUCUACAUCUAUACAAAGGAGGAGGUCCAGAAGAUGAAUUCAAAAUCAUCUGCGCCAAGAAAGGAGGAACCUCUAGCAGCUGGUGAAGGUUGCGCCGCCCCAAAUGAGUAG